UGAAAGAUUAACAUCACAAAAUUCAGCCAACUGCGACAAUAUAUCCUAGUGGAUAUUGACCCAUGGGAAUAGGACAACCCAGCAAGCUUAUUGAUUUUUAAUGUUAAAACAGAUGGACAUGUCGGCAUCUACGUAGACAUCACCACAAACGAGUCAUGAGAAUCAUGACUAAUGACUGGACUGGGCUGUGAACCACAUCAGACCGGAUAAAGCCGACCUGGCUUUAUGGUGCCAGCUCAGAUAUUCUGCCCGCUGCUCAAGUCUUCCAUGAUUGGAGUAACUUUUGCAAAAGUUGAUGAUAGUUUUCAUAAGGCUCUCGUGUACAUUUGCCCCCAUAACUUUUCAUCUACCGAUUUGCAGUAUUCAAAUUUUCGGAUCUAAACUAGGUAAGGCCAAAAAGUACAAAGCAAUAUCAUAAAAUUACUAAAGGUAGUAUCGACGAAUCUGGGUUACUGCUUAAGAUAGCUUAUGAGAGG